AUAUUCUGGCGAGAAGCGAGUGGUGACGCCGGGUGCCGACGAGGGCAUUAUUUUCGUAUUUUCGUAAUAUAUUCAAUAUUGGCAAAUCAAAACGUUACGCAUAACACAGGGUGUCGAAAAAAUUGGCGUCAUCAAUUUUAUUUACUUUUUAUUAAGACACCGAUCUUCGAGUGGAGUUAAAUUGUUAUUCAGAGUCAACGCACCGACUUUUGCCUCUACGUAUUCAAAACUUGAAAAAUAUAUAGCACGAUGGCUGUUUCCACCGGCAUGUCGUUCCUUAUAUCAACGCUAUUAGCAUUGUCACUGUUCUCGGUCAUGCAGCUCAACAGCAAAUGGUUGACGUCUAGUUCAGUGUUGGUCAUAGGUACUGGUUUUCUUGGCUCAGUGUUAUUUACACUAUCCUUGACUGCUGUGAGUAAUCUAAUGACGUUACUUUUGGGAGAGGGAUAUCAAGCUAGUUUAUUUCCAGAAAUUAUAUUGUCAUUAUUGUUCACUUUUUUCACAUGUGUCUCUAUACACAGAGUAUGCGCUACAACUGGUCUGCUGUUUUCUUUAUUCGCCCUGUACAAUAUUUAUAAUGUUUCUCAAAAGACAUACAAUUCCAGUUCAUUGCUCAAACAGCCCAUUGUACAGAACAAAAAGAAGAAACACUAAAUAUAAGAACACAAGUUUUUUUGUUCCAUGUUCAUAAUGUACUAAAUAUUCAAUUUUUAUUGCCUACUAUUUAUUUUUCAUUGUCAUUCCCUAAGUUAAGAGAUUAACCUAAAUUAUUUCUAUUAAAAGUAAGUUUCAAUUA